AUGCUGCGGGCGCUGCUGCUGCUGCUGGCGACUGCCGCCGCACAGGACCUGAUCAUCGGUCAGUUGUUGUGCGUGGUGGAGCAGCCGGCGCGCGCGCUGCAGCUGGCGGCGGCGAGCGAGGCGGCGCGGGGCGGCGGCGUGCGCGUGGCGGCGCUGGAGCCGGGCGAGGCGCUGGCGCCGCUGGCGCGUGGCGUGGCGCAGGCGGGCGGCGCGGGCGGCGCGGCGCUGGCUGGCGAUGCGCUGCGGCUGGCGGCGGCGGGCGCGGCGCGCGCGGCGCUGCCGCUGCUGCUGGUGGACGCGGCGCCCGCCGACGCCGCCUGGGAGGCGCUCGAGCUCUACCCGCAUCCGCAAGUGCUGGCGCAGGCGUGCGCGGAGCUGUGCGAGGCGAAGGGCUGGACGCGCGCCGUGCUGCUGCACACUGGCGACGCGCGCGCCGCCGCCCUGCUCACCGCGCGCGCGCGCCCGCUCGCGCUGCUGGCGCGCCGCCUGCCGCCCGCCGACGACGACGCGCUGCUGCGGAACCUACUGCUCGUCUUGAAGAAGUCUGGCCUGACCAACUUCAUCGUGUGGUGCGAUGCGGCGUGCGCCGUGCGCGUGCUGGACGCGGCGCAGCGCGUGGGGCUGCUGGCGGAGCGCCACUCCUACAUCGUGCUGUCACUGGACCUGCACACGCAGCCGCUGCACGACUACAGCCACGGCGGCGCCAACGUCACCGGGUUACGUCUGUUCGACCCCGAGGCGCCCGAAGUGGUGGAGGUUAUGGAGCAAUGGCGCAAGAUGUACGCGGAGCGACUCGGAGUCGCGGCCGACGACGAAGGCGACGGGGACUCCCCGGAAGCAGAAGAAGCGGCGGCCAUAGCAGCCGCGCCGCCGACCGCCUUGCUGCUGGCGCACCUGGGCACCGAGCUGGUGGCGGAGGCGUGGCGCCGGCUGCAGCUGCCGCCGGCCGCGCCCGCCGACUGCGCGAUGGGCGCGGGCGCGUUCCACGCGGACACGCUGCUCAACUACCUGCGAUCGGAGGAGUGGAGCAGCGAGGACGGCGCCGGGCGGCUGGUGGGCGCCGUGGCGUGGGAGGUGGACGGCGCGCGGCGCGAGGUGCAGCUGCAGGUGGUGGAGCUGGCGCGCGGCGGGCGGCUGGCGCGCGCGGGGCUGUGGGCGCCGCGCGCCGGCCUGUCCUGGCAGCGCCGCGACCCGCCCGCCUCCGACCCGCCGCCCGACUCCAUGACCAACCGCACCUUCACCGUGCUCAUUGCCAAGAGCGACCCGUACGUGAUGAUGCAAGAGUCUACCGAGCGCCUCACUGGGAAUGAUCGUUACGAAGGGUUCUGCAUCGAGCUGAUCGACCAGCUGGCGAGGCUGCUGCAGUUCAACUACACGUUCGUGCAGCAGGAGGACGGCGACUACGGCAGCAAGGACAACGUGACGGGCAAGUGGUCCGGCAUGCUGGGCCGCCUCAUGGAGGACAAGAACAUCGACUUCGCAGUGACGGACCUGACCAUCACGGCGGAGCGCGAGCGCGCGGUCGACUUCACCACGCCCUUCAUGAACCUCGGCAUCAGCAUCCUGUUCCGCACGCCGAAGCAGCCCGAGCCCAAGAUAUUCGCCUUCCUGCUGCCUUUCUCAAACGGCGUGUGGCUGUGCCUGGGCUUCGCGUACUUGGGGACUUCGUUGCUACUGUACGUGGUGGGCAGGCUUAGCCACGAGGAGUGGCAGAACCCGUACCCCUGCAUCGAGGAGCCUCCCGCGCUCGAGAACCAGUUCACGCUAGCGAACGCGCUGUGGUUCAACCUGGGCGCCGUGCUGCUGCAGGGCUCCGAGAUCGCGCCCGUGGCGUACAGCACGCGCGCCGUGGCCAGCGUGUGGUGGCUGUUCGCGCUCGUCAUCACCAGCUCGUACACCGCCAACUUGGCCACGCUGCUAGCCAAGAAGUCCUCGGACCAGGUGAUCACCAAGCAGGAGCUGGCCGACAACCAGCUCGGCAUCGACUACGGCGCUAAGCACGGCGGCUCCACCUACACAUUCUUUGAGCACUCGCAGAGCGAGCUGUACCAGCGGAUGUUCGAGCACAUGCGCACGCGCAAGAUGCCCGCCUCCAACGUCGAAGGCAUUGCCAAAGUGGAGAGCGGCAAGUACGCGUUCCUGAUGGAGUCCACUUCUAUCGACUACUUGACCGAGCGGAACUGCGGCGUCACGAAGGUGGGCUCGCUACUCGACAGCAAAGGCUACGGCAUCGCGAUGAAGAAGAACUCGCCGUACCGCCAGGCCAUGAACCUGGGCCUGCUGAACCUGCAGGAGGCGGGCACACUGCGCGAGAUGCAGCACACGUGGUGGAAAGAGAAGCACGGUGGCGGCGCCUGCAAGGUGGACGAGGAGCACGAGAGCGAGGAGCUCAACAUGUCCAACUUCCUGGGGCUGUGGCUGGUGCUGGUGGUGGGCAGCGCGCUGGGCAUCGUGCUGUCGUGCUGCGACCUGGCGUGGGCAGCGGCGCGGCGCGCGCGCGCCUCCGGCCGCCGCUUCCACACGCACUUCUGGGAGGAGCUGCGCUUCGUGUUCCGCUUCGAGCAGUCCGUCAAGCCGCUGCAGGGCCCGCUCAGCGGGACGCCCAGCUCCUCGGCACGCUCCGAGGCGGCGGAGGCCGAGGCGGAGGCGGAGGCCGAGGCCGAGCCCGAGGAGACGCCGGAGCCGCGCGCGCGCUCGGGCUCGGGCGCGGCAGGCGCGCGCCGACGCCGCUCGUCCAUGCACGCGGCCAGCCUGCGCCUGGCGCGGCACACCAACAGGGACUCGGCCACGCCGGCGCGCCGCUGACGCCUGCCGCAGCACGGGACUGCCCGGCUUUGUGCUUCGCUAGUUGGACUGGUUGAAUAUGUUGAGUGGGUGCUGUCGGCAGCCACUACGAAUUGCUUUGGAUUAUUUUAUAAAUAUAAUGUAUUCUGUUAGUUUGUAACGAUACAUUACAUGGUUGAUGCGAGUCUA